AUGAUCUUGUAUAGAUCCCUUUUAGGUGAACUUGAAAAUGCAGCAGAAUACCAUAUAGAUGAUACGAAUUAUCCUUCUUUCAUAGAAGAAUUGGAACGUACUAAUCAUGUUCUUGUAUACCCUGAUACUUUUAAUGAUGAUGGAGUAUGUUUCAUUGUUGAACCUUCUCUUAAUGAUCGUCCUGAGCAGAUACAAAAAUUGCUCAAAUCUGUUCUUACUUCUUAUGAUAAAAGACCUGAUGAUAAAAGAUCCGAUGAUAAAAGACCACCUGAUGAUAAAAGGCCUGAUGAUAAAAGACCUGAUGAUAAAAGACCUGAAGAUGAUAGUGAGAUAAAAGGUCUUGAAUAUGUGGUCAUAUUAUCACCCAGAGUUAGUUUUGAAUGGAAUGGUAUUGUCAUGGCUGUGUCAAUGGAACAAUUUAAUCUUGACCUCAAACCUCAUCAUACCAGAUUAGUGGCAGAUGGGGCAGACCGAUUACAAGCGUGUAAACAACGUUUUCGUAAAUCGGUAGAUGAUUGUUACAUUAAAAUGUUAUCGGAAUCACGACCAAAUGUUCCUGAUGUUAAUCAUGAAGCAUCAAAACUUAAAAAGACAAUUUUUAAAUUAGUUAAUAAAAUAAUUGAUAGUGUUAACACAAUACGUAAUAGGACAAGGAAUGGAGAAUGUCAAGACUUAAUUGAGAAUUGUUUCAGUUUUGCUACCGAAGUUGGACAACGCGCACUUCGUUAUAUUCAUCGUGAUGCUUGGCGUGUCCAACUGAAUGUCAAGUUGACACGAAUGUCUAUUGAUUGGGUUAGUUUCAUAUGUGAUGAUUGUGUCCCUACUGAUCGUAAAACCUUCCGAUGGGCCGUGAUCGCUUUAGAAUUUGCCAUGGCAACUAAUCGUGGGAAUAAUAUUUUGAAUCUUUCCGAAUCCGAAUUUGCCAUGUUACGUAGUAAAGUUGGUAUGUGUAUGAGAUUAUUCAUUUCUCACGUAGAUAUUAUGGGAGCAAGACAAUCAUAUGAAGCUCAAGAACAACAACGUCAAGGAACUAUUGGAAGUAAUGAUAUGGGACAAUCAAUUGUUCAACAAGUGAAGAAAUAUCGUGGACAAAUACAUAAUGGAGAAUGUGUUAAUGCUACACAAGAAGGAUUGAUAGCUGCAAUACGUCAAUUAGAAUUCAAGCGUGCACAAAAGGAACAAGAACAACGACUUGUUGGCAAAGUUCUUGAAGAAGAUCAACAAAAUCGACCACUUGUUUUCUUGGCAUCAUCUAGUUCUAAUAUUUCACUUCGUUGGCAACAAGGAAAAUUUAUAGGUGGAGGUACUUUUGGAUCAGUUUACCUGGCAGUAAAUUUGGAUACUGGUGAUCUUAUGGCUGUUAAGGAGAUUCGAUUUCAUGAUCCUAGCUCACUUACCAAACUAUAUAAACAAGUUAAAGAUGAAAUGUCUGUUAUGGAAAUGCUUGAUCAUCCAAAUAUUGUAUCGUAUUAUGGUAUUGAGGUGCAUAGAGAUAGAGUGUACAUAUUUAUGGAAUACUGCUCAGGUGGAUCUUUGGCAUCUCAACUCGAACAUGGGCGUAUUGAAAAUGAGAAAGUAGUACAAUUUUAUGCAUAUCAAAUGUUGCAAGG